GUAAAGUUGAUAACUUGUGAGAAUAUCUAUCCUCGGUAUCAAAAUAUGUUACACGCGUUAUUUGAAUCCAUAUCUAGGUUACAUAAGGAUCAUUUUAACGGUCUCAGCUUCGUAUACCCACGUUCUCUUAAUCUUUUAGUUUGGUAAAUGCAGCUCACAAAUUUGCCGCUCAAACCAGGAGUUGUUUGAAUUAUCAUUAUUAACAUGGAUAGGAAUAAUAAUGGCUUCUGAGAAGAGAAGUAAAAAAUCACAACUUGCAGACUGUACAAAUAUCCCGCACCUUUCCAGGCCUCGAAGAUCCUGUUGCUCCUACGCUUCACCAUCUACCACCAAGCUAAAUUCAACCAUCCAAUCACCUCAACCAAAUAACCUGUUAAUUGUUCCCAACUAUCCCGUUACUGGCAGCAACGACAAUCAGAAUCAAAAUGAAGGCUAUCUUAGAGUUAACAGCUUUCCUGCUUUAUCGACGGUUUUACCGGGCGUAAGAAGUUACGAGACUCUCCAAUGUGCUCAGGAUAGCGAUCAGAAUAAUGGGGUUUACAGCAAACGCGGGGAAAGGGAAGGGACAAGUUUGCAGGUGACCUCCAGUUGCCCUCCGCUUGGAAGGGGUUCUCUUAAAAGCAAUGGGAAAACUAUCAAAUCUACUGAACCUGAAAACCAGUCAAAGGACAUUGAGGAUCUGCUUGGUGAAGGAGAAGGAAGUCGCGAUGAAAACAGAAAACCCUUGAGUGUUGACACCAAUGGCAAGGAGAACCUGAUUACGCCAGAGUUGAUUUUACCAGCUUUAUAUAAUUUUCAGCAUCUGGACAGCCAUGAGGAUAUUAAUCGCAGAAAUGCUAGGGUUUACAGCAAGCGACGACAAAGGGAGUCUGGGAGUUCAGAGGAGGUGUCCUCGAGCUGUACUCCUCUUGGAAGAGCUGUUAUUGAAAGCAAGCAGAAGACUGGCAGAUCCUAUGAAGCCAAAAACUGCUCAAAGAAUUUGGAAGGUUUCCCUACUCUGGCAAGUAACAACCAUGAUCAAAAUGAGUUAUCUUUGAAUAGCAAAAAUAUCUGCAAGGAAAACCUCAGUACUCCACAGCCAUGUGUAUCAGCUAUUGACAGCUUUCAGUUUCCAGAUGAUAAAGUGGAUGCCAAUCACAAGAAUAUUAGGGUUCAGACCAUGGUGCAAGGGUCGAACUUUAGGAGUUUUGAGAAAGUUUCCAGGAGCUGUCCUCAUUUGGGAAGGGCCGUACGGAAAAGCGCUACAGGUGAAAGAUGUACCGGGGUUUGGAAGAAUUCCUCAUCAGGUGCUUGGGAUGAUUCACCCGUGUCAGGAAUUCCAAAGAUGAAGGCACAAAGAAGGCGAAAGUCUCUACCUGUAAAUGAGGGGAAGCAUACUCUGCCUGAAAGUUUUAUCCAGAAGCAGAGAGCUCACUUUGCAGAGGUUGAUGCUUUUGCCCUUGAAGAAGAGGAAGAGGACUCGCCAGAUGCUGAUUAAUUUGGAAUCAAUUAAAAUGUCUGCAGCAUAUCCACCAGGAUCCUUGUUUUUGUGACUUACAAUGUUUUACAAAAGUUAUGUAUUUAUAAGAUUCCUGUGGAUUCAUCUAAAAACAUUUUGUGUUGUAGCUGACAAUCAGUUGUCAUUCAGCCUUCAGAAUUGAUACUUUUAUUGGACAUAUUUUCUGCGUACACCCUUGUAUUUUGCUUGUAUUGGUAAAGGCAGUUGGGACAAAUGGAUAUGUAAACUCACUUCAACACGCAUUGUAAUUGUUUGUAUCAGUGAGUUUGAUAUAUGCACUGUAUGCAGAACACAUGUAAUAUGAUGGCUUUAUGUGAGAGGUGUUACAUAUAUUAAAUUAA